AGUCCUAUCACGACUUUCGCAUAAACGACACGCAUAAGAUCGGUAGAAAGACGCCGCGUGUGUUUCAUGCAAAAGGCAAGGAAAAAUUUAAUACAUACACACAUAUGUAUCGCAAAAGCCAUUUCGCUGCUGCCUACCAAACUUCGGGCUAGUGUGUGUGAUAAAUUGUUAUUAAAAAAAUAAUAUUGAGCCCCACUACAACCCGCCCCCAAAAACGUGACAAAUGCACAAGUAAAACAACAACAAAAAAUUUUUAUACAAUUGAUUGCUGUCGGUCUCUCUCAUUUGCUCGCUCUCUCGCUAUCCUCUCUCUCUCUCUCUGUGUGUGUGUGUCGAAAUUAAUGUGUGUGUGCGCCAAUCAACCACAAAUAACAACAACAACAACAAAUUCGAGAGACUUGCUGCAUUUUAGUCGCUGCCGCGUUUUAGUUCGCUUUGAAUUUUGAUUUGUGUAAAUUUCAUAUGAUUUACGUCUCUCAUUCCGUCGUCGCCGUCGCAGUCGCCGUCGCUGCACACACACACGCACACGCACACGUACGCAGUUACGCACACAGAUAAGCAAACACACGCACCCAGCAGACAGACAGACACACAUACAAAUGCGGAAGAGUCACCGCAGUCGUCGCAAUCAGCUUCCCCCCCACCGUUGUUGUUGUCAUCCCACAAACAAAACCGACGCCGUCGCCGCUCAAUAAUUUGUGCAUUUUUUCAAAGUCGCAGCGGAAAAAUCUUCGAAAUCAUUCAAAAUAAUAUGAAAAAUGUGCACUAAUUAAAUUCGAUAAAAAUCAUUUUUAAUGUGUUAAAUCAAAAAUAGAUAACAACAAAUUUGUGUGCGUUGAACAAACAAACGAAGCAACAACAACAAAAUUACAACAAACAAAUGGGCAACUAUUGAAUGGCGGCCAUUAGUGGCCCCAAGCGGCAUCCAUUGAGCAAUCAACACCAUUUCUCCCAUCCAACUAACAGCACCACCACCACCAACAAUACACCCAGCCACACCACCAACAUCCGCAAUAACAACAACAACAACAACAGCAGCAGCAGCAACAACAAGCUUUAUAGCUAUAAAACGCCAGCUAAUCCCCAGCACCAUCAGCACCAACAGAACACAGCACCAAGCUACUGCACCACCAAAAUCAUCAAAUCCUCCACUGCCAAUUCCAUCAACAACACCACCACCAACGCUGAGAAGAACAAGAGCAACAGCUGCCCAAAUUCUUCAGCUGCUGCGCCGCGUAGCUCGAUGAGCGUAUCGAUGUCACUGGUACAGGGUGGUGCUGCCGGUGGUGCGCCACAGGGCGCCAGCGCAAUACUAGCAGCUGCGGCUCCAUAUUAUCAACCGCCAGCGGUGCCACAGGAUGUUCAACCGGAUCGUCCAAUUGGCUACGGUGCAUUCGGCGUUGUCUGGGCCGUUACAGAUCCGCGUGAUGGACGCCGCGUCGCACUGAAAAAGCUGCCAAAUGUUUUCCAAUCGUUGGUCUCAUCCAAGCGCGUUUUCCGUGAACUGAAAAUGCUUUGCUUUUUCAAGCAUGAGAACGUGCUGUCAGCUUUGGACAUUUUACAGCCACCACAUUUGGACUUCUUUCAGGAAAUCUAUGUGAUAACUGAGCUGCUGCAAUCGGAUCUGCACAAGAUCAUUGUGUCGCCACAGCAUCUAUCCGCGGAUCACAUCAAAGUCUUUCUAUACCAGAUACUGCGUGGAUUGAAGUAUCUGCACUCGGCACGGAUAUUGCAUCGCGAUAUCAAGCCCGGCAAUCUGCUCGUCAACUCGAAUUGUGUGCUCAAGAUCUGUGACUUUGGGCUGGCGCGCGUCGAGGAGCCGGAUCAGGCCAAGCACAUGACCCAGGAAGUGGUCACACAAUAUUAUCGAGCGCCCGAAAUUUUAAUGGGUGCUCGCCACUAUUCAUCGGCGGUGGAUGUGUGGUCGGUGGGCUGCAUCUUUGGUGAGCUGCUCGGCCGACGUAUAUUGUUCCAGGCGCAGAAUCCCGUACAGCAGCUGGAGCUAAUCACCGAGCUGCUGGGCACACCCACCAUGGAGGAUAUGCGUCAUGCCUGCGAGGGGGCACGCACACACAUGCUGAGGCGAGCGCCAAAGCCACCAUCCUUCUCGGUGCUGUACACGCUCAGCUCACAUGCCACACACGAGGCGGUCCAUUUGCUCUGCCAGAUGCUUGUCUUUGAUCCGGAUAAGCGCAUUUCAGUGACGGAUGCUUUGGCGCAUCCCUAUCUGGAUGAAGGCCGUUUGCGCUAUCAUUCGUGCAUGUGCAAAUGCUGUUUCACUACCUCAGCUGGCAUGCGUCAGUAUACGGCGGACUUUGAGCCAUCGGCCGGUCAGCCCUUUGAUGAUCUAUGGGAGCGCAAACUCACCUCUGUGCAGCAGGUGAAGGAGGAAAUGCAUAAAUUUAUUGCCGAGCAGCUGCAAACGGGUCGUGUGCCGCUCUGCAUUAAUCCGCAGAGUGCGGCAUUCAAGAGCUUUGCCAGCUCAACUGUGGCACAUCCUUCGGAGCUGCCGCCAUCGCCGCAUCAAUGGGAAUGACGGCAAAAUGAGGCGAUUGCUGCCUAAAAUAUGAAAAGCAACACUGAAACAAAAUCAACAACAAUAACUCUCACACCUAGAUAAUUAAAGAAAAAAAAAAAACAAAAAA